ACCGGCUGGUCCUUGUUAUGGGUAAUGAGGCCGGUGAGGACAAAAGGGUGACAGAUCUACCGAGUUGGUGUGUGUGGUCGACCUGUCAUUGUGUUUUGAAAGCCUCAGCUCAGCCCGAAACAUCUUACGAAGAAAAAGAGAAGCGGAACCACAUUAUUGUACUUUGUUUCUUUCGGAUUUUGGAGCCGGUGUACAGGCGGUUUGCUUCAAAAAAUAUGGCUUCAAGAAGAAAAUCGGCUAUGCCGAGCUCUUUUUCUAACGCUUCUUCUGAUACGAAAAGCACAAAAAGUGGAAAUGCUUCAAACAAAGCCAACAACAGUGGAAAUGGGAUGAAAACCGUUAAAUCCAGUGGCAGUGCAGUCAGGUCUCGGUAUCUACAACCUGCUGAAAAGGCAUCUCUCUCAAAGACUAAUUCCCUGACUGAUUCGUUUGCUGUGCCUCAGCGGCCUUCUUCACCUAAACCCACUUUUGUAAAAACAAAGGUCGGGACACCACCAAGACGCUCAAUGCCUGCUCAGGCACUCGCAGCAGAGUCAACAGUGUCACGUGAAACUGGUCCCUCACUUCAUGGUAAAAGCAUUCUGCAGUCCACUUUCUCAGAUGGUCACUGCUUUCGACCAGAUUUUGAUAUUUCAGUCAUUAAAGAUAAAACGGUGAUUGAGACUGCAGCAGAACCUGACAAAAACCCCGAGACUGAGAAGCAGAAUGUGGAAAUGCAAACAUUCCUCCUUGCCUACCUCACAGCCAAGAUGGAGAAUAAUACCACCAAAUUCAAGGCUGAGGCAGAGGAACGAAUCUUUCAAGGCAUUCAAGAAGAGAUGCGGUUGCAUAAUGAGGUCAAGGAAAAGAAACGCCAAUAUCUUCUAGCAGAGAAACGAAGGCUGAUGAAUGAGAUGUUGGACUUGCAGAUUGAGAUACUGACGCCCGUGGCCAAGGCAGCCAAAGAGUUCACAAACAACUACAAGGGUUUUGCAACAGCUGUUGAUGCCACACGUCAUGAACUACCAAUCAAGAAUUUCUACAUUAAUGGAGACGGAAGGGAAUUUCUAGAUAAAGCUGAGGCUUAUCUGAAGGAAACUGAGACGCUGUUGCUGGAGUGCUCACAGGGGGACCCCAUGGAGAACAGCACAUCUUUGGAUUGUCUGAGAGACAUGAAAAUAAAAUCAAAGGAAAUCAGUCAGCAGCUUUCAGGAACAUUUUCUGAGCUGCAGGAGCUUUCGUCAUUGGUUUGCCGCCAUUCAGUCUAUUCUCAGCAGGCCAUGGAGGAAGAGCAACUGGGCAGCUCAAGAACCCGCGAGCUCUUCUGCCUCAAACAUUGAAGAAUACCACACAGCAUGGGAGAUGCCAUACAUGUACUUUGGAAUCCCACAGUUCCUAACUAAUUUUCUCUGAUGUGUAAAUAGAUUUUGUGUCUUAUGUCCUUGUAUGUGUUAACUUUGUUGCAGUUGUAGGAGAACUUGUGCAGUUUUUCAGCCUGAUGUAAUUUAAUAAAGAAAUGAAACAACAAAUGAUUGGGGUUAACUUUCAUGAAACUGUUCUAAGAGAAAUGAAG